GUUGGAGCGCACGGACGAAAACACGUGAAAAACACUUGUCAUCGCGUUUAAAAUCCGCGAGACGGCCGCGAGAACGACUCCUCACCGUCGCUCGCUCUCGUGAUCGUGUUCGUCGCGAGUACUCGCGAUCGUUGAGUCUUGCCGUGCACGAGGAAGCUCCCGUCGCGAUUCUCCCCGGUGAGAUUCUCCACGACGCGGACGACGGACGGUUCCACGGAACGGACGACUCGUGUCUAUUUUUAGUGGCGCGCUUUUGUAACGUCGACAGGAACGUGCGUAAUUUACUCACCUGAUCGAUUGUCUUCACGGCUCGUCGACAGUAGUUUCAAAUCAAAUCGCACGCAAAAAUGAAGUGCAGGCUUCUGUUGGUGACACUCGUCUUGUCCUUCAAUUGCAAAGUUGGAAGCGCAUCCAUGCUGGACUGGCUGUGGGGAACGAAAGCGGACGACACGGACGUCCUGGUCGCCGACGGCGUGCCCCUGAUCGCGAUCCCUUACGAGUCGAUGACGGAGGACGAGAAGUUCCUCCUGGAGGCCUCCAAGUUCACGGACAUCCAGGCGUCCUCCCCGUUGCAGGUGUGUCAGCACAAGGUCAUCAUGAAGAUCAGGACCUCGUGCUCCGACAUGACCGAGGAAGAGCUGGGCAAGCUGAGUGUCAAUCUCCUUAACUGCCAAUCAGCGGUUGAAGGCAGGAAGAUGUUCCCCUGCACCGAAGAGAUGUCUCUUAAGCAAUGCACAAUCGACAUGGAUGCCGACAUGUGGAAUGCGUAUCACUUGAUAAGUAACAGAGCGAGGGCGGUUUGUUACGCAGCUCGAAAUACACAAUUUCGUGCUCUUACAGAGUUGACGGUCAACAAGCUAAUGCAUUCGGCGCAUUCUCAGAUCCAGGCAUUGAACUCCUUGAAGCAAGGUCAAGAUCGUUUGGAAGAGCAGACCACAGAAGCUCUGUCAUCGUUGAGUGAAGGAAGCAAGGUGCUUCUGACACAACAAGAGAACUUGAAGGACGCUCAAACGACAGCUCACAAGCUUGUGACAACAAAUCUGAAAGAAUUGUAUAAUGAAAAAGCGUUAAUACGGUCCGGCCACGCUCAACUUGCCGCCAUGACGGAAGAAAUAAAAAAUAAAUUAGAAAAGGCGCACAACGAUCUUGAGCAACAGGCCAUGGAGCGUGGAGAGAAUCAUCGGGAGGUAUUGCAGGAUUUGCUUAGCAUACAAGAACAAGCGCGAAUGAUUUGGGAGAAAAUCGAACACAGCACUAAUCAUAUAAUGGAGCAACACGAGGAAACUAUUCACCAGUUUGAACAUACGAUGCAGAAGCUCGCGCAAAUUAACGACACCAUCCAGUACAUUUGGAAUCUCACCAAUACAAUGCGCACGGAAGUUGAUCAAAAAUUGGGAUGGAUUACCGACUACAUCGGCGACACCGGUGAACAAAUGCAAAGAGCGUAUCGCGUAUUUUUACACAUCGUGUAUAUAUUAGUGGCGAUGAUAAUCGCCGCGUUUUUACAAGCACCGUUUUUAACCAGAGCUACUAUCCUGGGCAUUGUGCCGGCGAAUCUUUUAACUUACUUGAAACACGGCAUGGAGGCUUCUCUAGAUUUUAUGUCUAUAACGAUGUUAAUAUUCUUGAUCACCGCAAUGCAUUUCAUAAUGCUGGGGAUACAACGUAUGAUCAACGGACCAAACAUCUCGGAAGCGAAGACGGAGCUAAUUAAGCUGAUCCAUCAGCAAAGCCAGUUGAAUGGAGUUGCGCACGACAAUACAUCGUCGUUGAAUUCCAAUUCUGUGCCAAAAAUGCAAUUGCACACGAGAGUGAUGAAAAAAGCGCAAGAACUUUACAAUCUCGUCGUUUCGAAGACAAAUUACUAUAGAGAAAAAAUUAGUGUCUUGUUAGAGAUGGUCGUUUCGUGGGGCGGACGUAAUUUACAUGUGCACGAGGAGCUCUCUUGUUCGUAUCAACCGUCGAGGAAGCAGUAUGAGAACAUCGUUCAUAACGAAUUGCAAUUCGCGAAUUUGUCGAAAGGUAUUGCGAAAAGCCCGAUGGAGUGUGAUUCUAACGGCGUCGUAUGGCAGUAUCGAGGCAAUUCUUCCAUAAAUCACAGCGAUAACACAAUGGAUUUUGACAACAAGUUUGUGAAUUUUCGGCAAAAUAUGGAUCUGCGAGCCAGAAGUGGUACUCCGAUGAUGAAAGUCUCUUGUAUGGCAUUAACGAGAAAUAACCGAAGAUGUCGGGCGUUCGCUUCACCCGGACAGAUCUACUGCCACCGUCAUGCCACCGGCACAUCUGUUAUGGGUGAUCAUGAUUAAUCGUAUGAUCAAUAAAUGCGCAAGUAAUAAUUAGAUAUACAUAAUAAUUGCUAUAAAAUUGGCAAUGGAUAUUUAUUUUUUAUAUAUAUAGUGUACGAUAUUUUAAUAAGAAAGUAAUUCCAGAGAAACAAAGUACUGGUGAGAGAAAUAAUUAGUUUGAGAAGAAUAGUUUAAUAAUUAAAUCUGGUUAAAGUUAAGUAAUUUGCGUACGUUUUACGAUUUUGUAAAUACUAACAUAAAUUUCAUAUUCUUUUGAUGAUACAACAGUGAUCUCGAGAUCACUUUAAUCUGGAUAAUAUUUUGAAUAUAUAUAUAUAUGUAUUUUAAAUGCUAGUUAAGUUAGUUAAUUAAAUUAAUUUGUAUGACUUGUAUUAUUUCAUUAUUGUGAUUCAAGUAUAUUUCGACGCACCGAAACAUUAACAUUUUUACAUCGAACUAUUUCUAUGAUUCGAUCUUAAUUUAUUUAAAAUCUUUUGUGUCAGAGCAGUAGUUGAGUAGAAUUAUACGUUCUUCACAAUGAUAAAUACAAUACAUAUUUAAAAAUACACAAAAAUAAUAUGUAUUUUUAAAUGUCU